AUGCCGGGCACCGUCAUUUCGAUGAUCUCUGGCAUCGGCGUGGCGAAUAGCCUACGGAAUCGCGGCAUCAACGCACUGGUCGGGGUGGCGAUCUCUGCGUCACUGCUUCCUCCCUUGGUGAACAGCGGAAUCUAUUUGGCCUGGGGCUUCUUAGUGGUGGAUCCCUCGGUGGCGCAGGAUCGCUUCUACCGUGGAUGGAUUAGUUUCCUGUUGACCAUGAUCAACGUGCUGGGAGUGAUCUUGAGUUCGGCCCUCUGGUUUCGUCUCCGUGGUGUAGGGGAAGCCACGAAGCAUGCAACGCGAGGGCCGCUUUUGAGUCCUACCAUUUCUCUGCGAGAAAAAAAGGGACCGCCACACUCCGGGCCAACUGCCGGGCCCUUGAAGCGAAGCGAGUCCCAAGUGUUGAAACAGAUGAAGGUGGAACAAGUGCAGCAGAGGCUCUUCCAUCAACAGGAACCCGUGAGGAAACUCUUAGAUGAGACCGAUUCCCUGUUGUCAGCUGCAGCAGUAGAUCGGGUAGCAGCAUUGGAGGUCAUUGAGCAGCAGCAGAAAGCAGCAAGGAAUAUUGGUGAAGAUUUGAUGGAAGAUAUGCUGUGCCUGGACUCCUUAGCAAACCUUUUCCAGGAAGAUCGCCAGGUGGACUCUGCAAAGUCCAUGCUGAUGAAGCGACGGAAGGAGUUGGAGGCUCUAGCUCAUGCAGACAAGGAGGCGGCGCCUCUGGCGCCGGUCGCACCGGCGCCGGCGGCGCCGAACGAACGCCUGGCAGAGCUCAGGCUUCAGUUGGAGUUGACCUCCCAAACUCUUCCGCAUGCAUAUGUGGUCAGCGGCUUCGCCCGUGGCUUGAAGAAAGAGGAGCUGACGCUGGAACUUCGUGGCUCCACUUUGAAGAUCAACGCCUUGAGACUACCAACCCCUGAGGAGUCCGCCUUUCUGGAGCGAACCUUGAGACGAGCUCCGACGGUGGAGGACUUCAUGGCAGUGGGACGAGGCGUCUUCGGUCAGAUCCGCGAGGCCAUCAAGUUGCCCAUGGACGUGGACAGAUCGAAGAUUCAGGCCACCUGUGUGGAUGGCCAGCUGCGCAUCACCUUGCCGCGGCAGCGGCAGCCGCGGAGGCGCUGUGGCCGUGGUGAAGGGCCAACGAAGGAACAGAGCACUGUGGCCCCGGACCCGGACGCAUAUGCCACGGAUGCGGUGAAGAAGGCGUGGCUGACAGUGGUGGGCCCUGCCGCGUGGCUGUCGAAGGUGCGGCAGUGGACCUUCUCCACCGUUCCGCUGGCGCUGCUCCGCGGAGAUUUCGACGUUCCGGCGCUGCUGGAUGAGUUGGAGCGCUGCGGCUGCGGCUGCGCUGGAUGUUACCAGGGGGAACUAACGGGAUACGGAGAGCCUCGCGUCCCCGCCGCCAUGGCCCGCACGGCGGCGGCCCUGCUUGCCGCGCUGGCUCUGCAGUGGACGGGAGUAGAUGCCUAUGCGCGCUUAGCGACGGCAGUCACUGGUGAAGUGGUGAAGGGAGCAGGGAAUUUGACCAUGGGCGGCAGAGCGCCCUGGGCUGAAGGCCAACGGAUUGAUGAUGGUCACCCGUCCUUCCAAUGCAUCCCUUUCAAUAGGGUCGGUACCUAUACCGUGCUACUUCAAGUUCUCAAUCCCGAGUAUGGCCCGCUGAGACUUCUGAUGGAGUGCUGUGGGGAGAACCAAAAUUUGGUGAACGACAUGGUGACCGAAGUCAAUGCCCAUGAAGUCUAUGGUCCAAAGGGCAAACAUCGUGGAAAGGACGCCCUGGUGAAACAGUACCAAGGAAUCAGAGGAUUGCUGGAGGAGGGAAAACCUGAGUGCAGCUAUUUCUACAUGUUCCAAAACAAAGCAGAUCCAGACAACACCUUCACUGCGUGGUCAGUACCAGAGGACGUUUGCUCCACAGACGUGUCGGGGACUAGAGGUCUUAUUGCCGGAUAUCAGGAGUUUUUGCAGACGCUGAACGCCUUGCGGUAUGGCAAGCUCGUGUAUGCUGGCAAGGGCGACAUCAAUAGCGUUUUGAAUGGCAUGAAUGCUGUGAACGAGGGAAACUUGUCCAGAUUCGUGAAGACACAACCCAAAUAUUUGGACCUUUUUGGGCUGAAAAUUCCUAUUGGAAAGACCAACUUCAUGAAGUUUGAGGGGGUGGAACAGCUUGGCAUCAUGGACAUGCUUUCAGCCUGCGACCACAAUCCCUCCGAAGGCAUUUUGUAUGUUUUCGACAACCGGAUGUGGUCCAACAGCACUCGCGCCCUGAAUGCGACUGAGUUCCUGAAGAGCAGUGCAGCGAGAAAUAGCGAAAAGAACAUGGAGGAGCGCCAGACGGAGCUGACGAUGGAGCUUAGAGAAAGGAUUCGAAUGAUUGAGCGAGUGCUGCCCAAGAAAGCUGUGGAAGUCGAAAAGCAGCAGGAGUUUCUACACGAAGACUCAGAGGCGCUGAAGCUUGGAAGAGGAAAUAGUUAUUUUCCGUGGGACUUACCCUCUGGUAAUUUGACAUAG